AUGGCGAUGGUGGUGCUGUGUAAUCUUAUCCAGAUAGCAGAGCAGAGCGGGGAGGAGAGAGAAGAGGAGGAGCCGAGGCCCAACAUGAUGACCCCGUCCCCCCCUACAGCUGACCCCUACCACCAAGGCAACGUCAGGAUGACCCUGGAAAAGGCUGACCUCUGGAAGUCCUUCCACAACCUGGGGACUGAGAUGAUCAUCACCAAACAUGGCCGGAGGAUGUUUCCCCACUGCAACGUCAGUCUAUCUGGACUCCAACCCUAUACCAACUAUGUCCUCAUGGUGGAUAUGGUUCCGGUGGACAACUCCAGAUACAGGUGGAAUAAAGGCCAGUGGGACAUGGCUGGGAAAGCCGAGCCCCAGCUCCCCUGUCGGACGUAUGUGCAUCCAGACUCCCCCACCCCGGGCUCCUACUGGAUGAAACAAUCGGUGUCCUUUCUCAAGCUCAAACUCACCAACCACACACUGGACCAGCACGGCCAUAUCAUCCUGCACUCUAUGCAUCGCUACAUCCCACGCUUCUCUGUGGUCCAGGCUGACAGUCUGCACAGUGUGCGCUGGGGACACUUCCAUUACUUCUCCUUCCCUGAGACCUCCUUCACUGCAGUCACGGCCUACCAAAACACUAAGAUCGCUAAACUCAAGAUUGACCACAACCCCUUUGCUAAAGGAUUCAAAGGGGAGAACACCCGUACUCAUAGCAAGAGGUGUCGAUCCAACAAGAGUCCUGGAAAUGCUUCAAAGAAAGCCAAACAAGACAGAGAAACAGAAUUCAAAAGUCCUUCAGACCUCCAAAGAGCAACAUUAGACUGUGAGCCAGCAGAACGGGGGAUAACCUUGGGAACAACAGAGAACAUAGUGUCGGCUAAGGAGGAUCUCUUCUCCCCCUGGGCCAUGGAAAAGGACCCAUCCCAGAGCCACAGCCUGCACACUGAACUACUGGAGCUCCACGACCACAGACAGGACUACAGCACUGAGGAGCAGAUGGUGCCUGGCCCUGCAUCUAUGUCCUACCAACCAUACAGAUCUGUUGAGCAUGGCAGACUUCCCUCUCCAUCUUCUGCAGUGGAGGAUUGCAAAGGCAGGCGCAGCUAUGAGUCUCACCUCCGUGAUGUAGCCACUGUCCCUGGGCACAAGACUAACAGUCCUGGCCCUGUCAGAGACAUGGGACACACCCCCUUGGCUCCAGCCAUGCCCCAGGACUAUAGAAUGUCCCCUGUCCAUCUGCCCACGUCCUCCAAAACCUACCCUGGGUACCUGGGCUACAGUUACCCACUCUAUGGCCACUACACUACUAACCAGGGCAUGGGUCAGUGGAGUGAGGGUGGUACAGGACAGUACCCUGGACAGUCCUUGACUCACCACCUGCCCUUCUUCACCAGUCAAACACUGACUGCAGACCACGGCACCCACCAACGCAGCGUCCAUCACCAUGGCAACACAGAGGCAGAGUGGAGCUGGAGCCAGUACUUGAGUUUGGAUAAUGAUCAGAAUAGCUGA